GUAUCCCCCACCUAUUUCAACAACUUCAUCCUCCUUCGAAGAACAUAACACAUUCUCGACGCCUUUACUGAAAAUGUACUGGAACGGCAUUUACUAUCCCAAUUGGCGGAUCUAUCGGGAUCAACCCCCGUCUUCACUCAAUUUUGAUGUGAUUUCUCAUGCAUUCUAUGCUUUUGCUUGGGUGAAGACAGAUGGAACUGUUUAUUUGAGCGAUGAAUGGGCAGACACACAGAUAGAAGUGGCGGGGACUGACGACGUGCCAGCAACUAAAGGUUGCUUGAACUCUUUUGCACUCUUGAAGAAAAAGUAUACCAAGCUUCGUAUCGUUCUUUCUGUGGGUGGAGGUGGAAAAGGAAGUGAACCAUUCGCAGAAGUUGCCAGGAAUCCGACUGCUAGAGAAACGUUUGCGCAAACAUCAUUGGCUCUUUGUCAACAGUUCAACCUCGAUGGAAUAGACAUCGAUUGGGAACAUCCAUCAGACCAGGCACAAGGCCAGCACUACAUUGCGCUAUUAGCCACACUACGACACUACCUUCCAGGACCACGGUACACGCUCACGUCGGCGCUACCAGCAGGCGAGUGGGCUCUCCAGCAUAUCAACCUAGGCCAUGCUGCGCAAUAUCUCGACCUCAUCAAUCUCAUGUCCUACGAUUACUCUGGUCCCUGGGUGCAAAAGACUGGCCACCAAGCGCAACUGUUCACCCCCCAAAUACCCCACAGCCCCGAGGCAGCGAUCUCGUCUCAUUCCGCCGUGUCAUACAUGGUUCGACAAGGUGUUCCACCCAGUAAGAUACUCCUUGGAAUCCCUGCUUAUGGGCGCUCCUUCACUGGCACGCAAGGCGUGGGUCACAGUUUUGAGGGCCAGGCUGGAGAAGAAGGUACGUUCGAGUACCGGGAUCUCCCCAGACCUGGAGCUACAGAACAUGUGGAUGAGCAGGUUGGAGCGGCUUACUGUGUUGGCGGAGACGGUGGGUUCGUCACCUAUGACAAUCCGCAGACGGUACAUAUGAAGGCAAGAUAUGUACAGCAGAACGGCCUGGCUGGGCUUUUCUACUGGACUGGAACGGGCGAUGUAUGCCAGCAUACGCAAAAGGACAGGAGUCUAGUCUACAAUGGGUUCAUGGGAUUGUUUCCCCAGUGAAGUAAAUGAUGAUAACGUCCAACGAAAAUUUAGCAUGAGCAUGAGCAUAGCAUAAGCAUCAAUUGGGUACCUGGUCAGCGACGUAAGGUUUACUUGAUUACAUACAGGGUGGCGAUGUAUAACGAUUUUAUGGAAUCCAAUAAACCUGAUGACUAUACUCUAAGCUCUCCAACAGUGAAUCUUAAUCUGUCGGCUGGAAAGGCGCACACAUUGUUGAUUCGCACUGAUGACCAUAUCCAAUAAACACAUUUGC